AUGCUCAAAAUAAAAUCAAUAUCUUCUAGGUAUGAAAGACAUGGAUAUGCCACCUUGGAAAUGGGGAUUAUCUUCUUCGUUCAGACUGGAGUGGGGAUCCUGGGAAACUCCUCCCUCCUUUUUCUCUAUAACUUCUCUUUGCUCACUGGAUACAAGUUGAGACCCACAGAUCAGAUUGUCAGCCAACUGGUCUUAGCCAAUAACUUGGUCCUUUUCUCCAGAGGGAUCCCACAGACCAUGGCAGCUUUCGGAUGGAAAUCUCUCCUAGAUGAUGCUGGAUGUAAACUUGUCUUCUAUUUACACAGAGUAGCCAGAGGAGUCUCUCUUGGCACCACCUGCCUUCUAAGUGGCUUCCAGGCCUUCAAGUUUUUCCCCAGAACCUCUUGGUGGUUGGACUUCAGAAACAGAUCCCCCAAAUACAUUGGCUUCUGUAGUUUCCUUUUAUGGAUCCUACAACUCUUGGUAAAUAUCCACAUUCUUAGGAAAGUUACUGGACCAAGGAGCAGCAAAAAUGCAAGUAUAAAAACGAACUAUGGAUACUGUUCCUCACACAAUCCAGAUAUAUUCAUCAGCUUUUUCCAUGCAGUCCUGUUGCCUUCCAUUGAUCUUCUGUGUUUAGCCUUCAUACUGUGGACCAGCGGGUCCGUGGUGCUUCUCCUGCACAGGCACAAGCGGCGCGUCCAAUACCUUCACAGCCACAGCCUUUCCCCAAGACCUUCCCACGAGGCCAGAGCCACUCUCACCAUUCUGAUCCUGGUGAGCUCCUUUGUCUUAUUUUAUUGUCUCUCUUCCAUUUUGACUCUGUGUGUUACUGUGACCGUGAACCCGAGGCAGUGGCUCACGGACACCGCUGUGCUAAUAGCUUCAUGUUUCCCAGCCUUCAGCCCCUUUGUGCUCAUCAGCAGUGAUGCCCGUAUCUCUCUGCUCUUUAAUUUCUGCACCAGAAAAUGUUAUUUUCCUAAUCUUAUUCAACAACUGUAAGCCUUCUCAUUUCGGCAGUUGAACCAAUUUUUAAUUUAUGUUAAAAAAAAA